AUGAAUAGAUUUGAAUACGUUGAUGACCAAUUAUUACCAAACGAGGCUCUUAUCAGACAAGAUCGAGGAAUCAGACUUUACGAUGGAGAGAUCAGAACUCCCUUUGAAGGUGGCAAGGUGACGUUAACCAGUCACAGAAUCAUUUACAGGACACCGGGUGAUGUGGCUUUUGCCAUCCAUCUGCACAUCAUAAUAUUCUUUGAAGAAGAAAAUCCUGGACCCUUGUUCUUCACACGCAGCAAAAAAGUUAUACUACACAUGUCCGAGCCACAGAGUGGAAAAUUAACGGGACCAAUGGACAAUAGUAAUCACAAUUUUAUUAAGCUGUCGUUCAAAGAGGGAUUCGAUUCAUCCUUUGUAACAGAUUUAACGAAUGCCAUCACAAAAAGAGUCUGGGAAAGGGCACCUCUCAGUGUACUACCUAUCACUAGUUCACAAAGCCAACAGGCCAGAAACACUUCAAAACAGCCAUUACCAGCCAUCAAGCCUAGAACAGGUAUUAUAGGCAUCGAAAGAAGCAUUCAGGAGCAGCAAAGGGUCACAGAUGAGAGCAUAAGCAUAGCUUUUCAAGAUUUGAGGAAACUCAUGGGCAUGGCCAAGGACAUGGUCGCGAUUUCAAAGACGAUAUCAGCAAAAAUAAGGGAGCGACAAGGAGAUAUUACGGAAGAUGAGACUGUUAGGUUUAAGUCAUACCUUAUGAGCUUGGGCAUCGAUGACCCAGUCACGCGUGACACUUACAAGAGCAGCAAUGAAUACUUUAGACAACUCGCUCGACAGCUCGCGGAAAUUCUAGAGGAGCCUAUUAGAGAAGUAGGCGGUAUGAUGGCACUUACUGAUGUGUACUGCAGAGUAAACAGAGCAAGGGGGUUGGAGCUUUUGUCGCCUGAAGACUUGCUCAACGCAUGUAGGCAGCUAGCUCCUCUGAAUCUUCCAAUAGAACUGAGGACUUUUGAGAGCGGAGUGAUAGUUAUACAAUCUUCAUUUCACAAUGACGAAGAAAUUGCCGAAGCUGUUUCUCAACUGAUCAAAGAUAGAGGAUCGGUUACGGCUACGGAAUUGGCUCAAUCCGAAGGAAUUUCAGUGGUAUUAGCCUGUGAGAGACUAUUAAUGACAGAAAAAUAUGGUAAAGCCUGCAGAGACGACUCGAUAGAAGCGCUGAGAUUUUAUCCUAAUUUGUUCCUUGAACUGGAAACGUGAUAGGUGCAAAAAUACUCAAUUAAAGUGAGAUUUUCCUACAAAGAAAUAAAGCAUAAUGGUGCAUUUCGUAUGAUAGAUUAUAAGGAAAAGUAAGCUACAAAAGUACAAUAAAGUUUUUAUAUUUUUAAAGAGA